AUGGGGGGACAUGGACACAGAGCUGCAGCUCUCCUGGCUGGCUCCUGGCUCUGCUGCAUCCUCCAAGCCCCGUGGGUAGGAGCCCUGCAGGAGCCACUGCUGGAGGAAGCGGUCCUGGAGAACAUCAGCUGGGCUGCCGAGGAAGCCCAGGGCAACGACUCCUCGGAGCACGCCUUCUUCUCUCUGGAUUAUCAGCACGUCCAGGUCCCCUUUGAAAUCACGCUCUGGAUCAUGCUGGCAUCCUUGGCCAAAAUAGGGUUCCAUCUCUACAACAAGCUGCCUUCCGUCGUUCCCGAAAGCUGUUUGUUGAUAUUUGUGGGACUCAUCAUGGGGGGAAUCAUCUAUGGAUUAAAUGAUAGGUCACCACCAGUGAUGGACAGCGACAUCUUUUUCCUCUACCUCCUGCCCCCCAUCGUGCUGGACGCCGGCUACUUCAUGCCCAGCCGCCCCUUUUUCGAGAACAUCGGCACCAUCCUGCUCUACGCGGUGGUGGGGACCAUCUGGAACGUGUUUGGGAUCGGCUUUUCCCUCUAUGGGAUCUGCCAGGUGAAAGCCUUCCGGCUGCAGGACGUGUCCCUGCUGCACAACCUCCUGUUCGGCAGCCUCAUCGCCGCCGUGGACCCCGUGGCCGUGCUGGCCGUCUUUGAGGAGAUCCACGUCAACGAGAAGCUGCACAUCCUGGUUUUUGGGGAAUCGCUCCUCAACGAUGCCGUGACCGUGGUGCUCUACAAGCUCUUUCGCUCUUUCUGUGAGAUGCCGACCAUCAAAAGCGUGGAUGUUUUUGCUGGAGUUGGAAAAUUCUUCGUGGUUGGGCUGGGAGGAGUUUUAGUGGGGCUGAGUUUUGGGUUCACCGCCGCCUUCACCACGCGCUUCACCAAGGACAUCCGUGUCAUCGAGCCCCUCUUCGUGUUCCUCUACAGCUACCUGUCCUACCUCACUGCAGAGAUGUUCCACCUCUCGGGGAUCGUGGCCAUCAUUUCCUGUGCCAUGGGCAUGAAGCGCUACGUGGAGGCCAACAUCUCCCUCAAGUCCCACACCACAGUCAAGUACUUCAUGAAGAUGUGGAGCAGUGUGAGUGACACCCUCAUCUUCAUCUUCCUCGGAGUUUCCACCAUCGGAGAAAACCACGAGUGGAACUGGCCCUACAUUUGCUUCACGGUUAUUUUCUGUCUCGUUUGGAGGGCACUUGGGGUUCUUGUGCUGACUUUCUUUGUGAACAGAUGUCACGUGAACACCAUCACCAGUAAGGACCAGUUCAUCAUUGCCUACGGGGGGCUCCGAGGGGCCAUUUGCUUCUCUUUGGUUUUCCUGCUGCCUGACUUCCACAGGAAAAAGCUCUUCAUUGCAGCAACAACUGUUGUCAUCCUCUUCACCGUGUUCGUGCAGGGAAUGACCAUCCGUCCCCUCGUUGACCUGUUGGCUGUCAAGAGGAAAAGGGAGAGUGCUCCCACCGUGGGAGAGCAGAUCCACAUUCGGUUCUUGGAUCAUUUGCUGGCUGGCAUUGAAGAUAUAUCUGGACACUGGGGACAGUAUUACUGGAAAGACAAACUGGAAUACUUCAACAGCAAAUACCUGCAGAAGAUCCUGCUCAGGGAGUACGACCAGCCCAAGUCCAGCAUCGUGCUGCUCUACGAGAAGCUGGAGCGCAAACACGCCAUCGAGCUGGCCCAGGCUGGGCAGCUGGGCCACGGCCUAGCCCACCCCUCCUUCCUCAGCAGCGACAGGACUGUCAUAACAGACCAAAAAUUGGAGGACACUCCAAAUCCUGAUGUCCUGGACAACAUGCAGGAAAUAUUGGCGAGGAACCUGUACCGGAUCAGGAGGACGGGCCCGGCGUACAACAGGCACACCCUGCCCGGGGACAGCGAGCCCACGGAGCAGGCCAAGGAGAUCCUGAUCCUGCGGCACAAGAGCCUGCUGGUGGAGAUGGGCGGGAGCGACACCUGCAGCUUCAGGAAGGAGUCCCAGAAGGAGGACUCGUGCUCGGCGCAGGGCGAGGCCACCCCGCAGCCCAAGCUCUGCCGCUCCUUCACCGUGGGGAACACGGAGAAGGUUCGGGAGGUGAAGGAGAGCCGGUCCAAGUCCGUGUGUGCCAUCCCACCGCCCCAGCCCAGCGGCCAGACCUGGGGCGGGAGGAAAGAGCUGUCUCUGGAGAUGUACAAACACAAGGGAUGCUCUGGCUCCCCAGGAGGGGUCUGA